AUGCAAAAUCAGAUAAGUCAGAUGGCAAUAUCAAUCAACCGUCUGGAGUCUCAAGUAAAUGGAAGAUUGCCAUCCCAACCUGAACUGAACCUGAAGAACGUAAGUGCAAUGACUUUAAGGAGCGGGAAGGAAAUUCAGGGGUCCGAACUCGUGACUCCAAAGGAUAAGGACGAAGAGAAGAUUGAGAAAGAACUUCAGGCAGAGAAUACAAGCACCAAAAAUCCAGUGGUACUCCCUGACUCGAUCAUAAACGUUAAAACUAAUCCCCCUCCAUUUCUUUGCAGGUUGGAGAAAUCGAAGAAGCAGGACAAGGAGAAAGAGAUCCUGGAGGUGCUUCGCAAAGUAGAGAUCAAUAUCCCCCUACUAGACGCCAUCAAGCAAGUGAUGAAGUAUGCAAAAUUUCUGAGGGACCUAUGUGUCAAUCGAAAGAGGCUGAGGGGAGAUGAAAGAGUUAUUGUUGGGGAGAAUGUGUCAGCAGUUCUCCAAAGAAAGCUACCACCAAAGUGUGGGGAUCCAGGUAGGUUUACUGUCCCAUGUAAGAUAGCUAAUACUCUGAUUAGGAAUACCCUGCUAGAUUUAGGAGUAUCGAUCAACGUAAUGCCUAAAUCUAUGUAUGCUUCUUUGAACCUCAGUCCAUUAAAAGAAACCGAGAUAAUAAUUCAAUUAGCUAACCGAACAAAUGCAUACCCUGAUGGGUUGGUAGAGGACGUGCUGGUUAAAGUUAAUGAAUUGAUAUUCCCGGCUGACUUUUAUGUACUUAAUAUGGAUGAUGAUCAUUCCCCGGACCCCUCACCUUUGUGCUACUAG